AUGUAUACCACAUGGUACAGUCGCGGUGAGGGUGGGAUGCACCAUCACCAAAUGGGGCAACUGUACCAUGCGCCACCCAUGAUUAAGACUGAAGCUGGAGUGAAUAGUGACUGCAUGAUGGCAGUGGAUUACGCGCCACCAAUUAAGCAAGUUCUGAAGUAUAUGUACGUAGAUUAUGCUAUUAUAAUACCAGCAGCCCUGGGCAUAGGAAAAAAGCACGGCGAGACGAUGCCGGCCAUAGAGAAUCGUGGUCAGCCGUGCGUUCACUUUGAAUGCAGCUUCUAG